GAGGGAAGAGAACUACAUCCCCCGGCAUGCCGCAGGGGUGGGGGGACCGCAGCACCGAGCUUCCCUGACUUCUCCCAGUCCUUCAGGUCCCACCUUGAAAAGGAUGGAGGUGACUGAGGGUACCGGGGCUCCUGAACCCGGCGAGAUCCGGGCACUGAAGCCAUGUCUGCUGCGCCGCAAUCACAGCCUCGAACUGCAUGGCGUGGCGGUCUCCUUCCUCGAGGAGCUGAGAAGCAAGGCUUGUGACAUUCUGGCCAUUGAUAAGUCCUUGGCACCAGUCACCCUGGUCCUGGCAGAGGAUGGCACCAUAGUAGAUGAUGACGAUUACUUCCUGUGUCUGCCUUCCAACACUAAGUUUGUGGCAUUGGCCAGUAAUGAGAAGUGGACAUACAACAAUUCAGACGGAGGCACAGCUUGGAUUUCCCAAGAGUCCUUUGAUGUAGAUGAAACAGACAGCGGGGUAGGAUUGAAGUGGAAGAAUGUGGCCAGGCAGCUCAAAGAAGAUCUUUCUAGCAUCAUCCUCCUGUCAGAGGAGGACCUCCAGGUGCUCAUCGAUGUCCCAUGUUCAGACCUGGCUCAGGAACUCGGCCAAAGCUGUGCUGCAGUCCAGGGGCUCCAGAACACCCUCCAGCAGGUGCUUGACCAGAGAGAGGAAGCCCGCCAAUCCAAGCAACUCCUGGAGCUUUAUAUACGGGCUUUGGAGAAGGAGGGCAGCAUCUUGUCAAAGCAGGAAGAGUCCAAAACUGGGUUUGUUGAAGAGGUGGAUGCAGUCGACAUGGGUACAAGCAGAGAGACGUUCUCUGGAGUUACACUCACAAGCCAGGUCCUUACCGUGCUGAAGGAGAAGCCUGCUCCAGAACUGAGCUUAUCCAGUCAGGAUUUGGAGUUGGUUACCAAGGAAGACCCCAAAGCAUUGGCUGUUGCUUUGAACUGGGACAAAAAGAGAACUGAAACUGUUCAACAAGCCUGUGAGCAGGAGCUCAGCCUGCGUCUACAGCAGAUACAGAGUUUGCGGUCUCUCAGGAGCGUAUCAGCAAGGAAGACUUCACGGCCUGGACAGCUGCAGAGUCCGAAACGAGCUAAGCAAGACCCCACCUAGCUACAGCUACAAGGAAACUCUGUGGCCUGGUUUUUGUUAUCAGUAAAUACCUUUAGCCAGAUUCAUUGACACCUACAGACUACUCCAUACCCUGCCUUAGCGCAUGUUCUGGAACAGGCUGGAAGGCUGGCUUUAUAGCCCUCCAGAAAAGCCUUUACACAUCUCAACAUAUGCCCUUCCACCUAUUUUGAAUGAUACACCAUAGCUGCAAUAGCCAUAUCCCAUUUCCUCUGAUUACAUGUUCUUAUGCUCCAUGUUUAAAAGUCACUGAAGGACAGUAAAAAGGAAUUGUCAUAUUUUGGAUUCAUUGUCCUUGUUCUGAAGCCCUGAUGGUGCAGUGGUUAAGAGUUAUGGCUGCUGACCAAAAGGUCAGUGUUCGAAUCUACCAACCACUCCUUGGAAACCCUGUGGGGCAGUUCUACUCUGUCCUGUAGGGUCGCUAUGAGUCGAAAUCGACUCAGCAGCAACAGGUUUGGGGGUUUUUUGGUCUUUGUUCUAAAGGAGUACCUGGGUGGCACAAAUGGUUAUCAUGCUUAGCUGUUAACCAAAAGGCUGGAGGCUUGAGUCUCCCAGAGGCACCUUGGAAGAAAGGCCUGGCAAUCUACUUCUGAAAAAUCAGCCAUUGAAACUCCUGUGGCUCACACUACUCUGGCACAAAUGGGGUUGCCAUGAAUCGGAAUGCACUGGACAGCAGUUGGUUAUUAGUUGUACUUUUAAAGACAGAGGUUGUCCUUGUUCUAAAGAUAGAACUGCAAAAUUAUAAACAAAUAAUGGUUUAUAGAGAAGGUGAUAGAAUAGAGUGUUGAUUAUGGCUGAAAACUUGUUUCCCAAGUUAAUGAAUAUUUUCGUUUGUUUAAAGGCAUAUAUUAAGUUUGCAGACCAUAGGGACAUACAGAUAGUGUAAUUCACCAUUUCUAAUAUCUAACUCAGUAUUGUGAAAUUAGAUCUGUUACCACUGUGAAACUCUUUUCAGUAUUCUAAUAUGUUUUAUCAGCGGGGGGUAUAAAGGUCAUUAAAUUCCAUUUCCAAGUGA